AUCUGCGCCGUGGCUAGCUUCCCGGUAGCUGUGAUGUUAGCCUGUUUCCUUGGACGCUCCUAGCUGUUAUUUCGCCUCUCUGGUAGCUGCCUGCGGCCCCCCCAGGAAACCAUGACCGAGGAGGCCUCGGGACCCCCGCUGGCGGCCCAACAUGACGAGGUGCUCCAGCAGCGAGUGGCUGCUCUGGAGCAGGAGAGGACCGAGUUCAUCAAACUCAAACAGCAGCUGGAGGCCGAGUUCAACCAGAAGCGGGCCAAGUUCAAAGACCUGUAUAUUACCAAGGAAGAGGAGUUCAAGAGGCAGACCACAGCGCUGGAAGGCGCCCAGUCCGAGGUGAACUCCAUGCAGGCCCAGCUGGUCCAGGCCCAAGCUGAGAUCGAGACCAUCAAAGCGGUGGCCACCAUCUCCGAAAACACCAAGCAGGAGGCAAUCGACCAGGUCCGCGGCCAGUGGCAGGAGGAGGUGGCCUCGCUGCAGGCCAUCAUGAAAGACACGGUGUGCGAGUAUGAGGUCCAGUUCCACCAGCGCCUGGAACAGGAGCGAGCCCAGUGGAACCAGUACCGCGAGGCAAUGGAGAGGGAGAUGGGCGACAUGAGACGGCGGCUCACCGAGGGUCAGGAGGAGGAGAACCUGGAGGAUGAAAUGAAGAAAGCUCAGGAGGAUGCAGAGAAGCUGCGGUCAGUGGUGAUGCCCAUGGAGAAGGAGAUCGCAGCCUUGAAGGCCAAGCUGAGCACAGCCGAGGACAGGGUGAAGGAGCUGGAGGCCUCCAAGGUCAAAGAGCUCAACCAUGUUCUGGAAGCGGAGAAGUCAUGCCGCACGGACCUGGAGAUGUACGUGGCCGUGUUGAACACUCAGAAGUCCGUCCUGCAGGAAGAUGCAGAGAAACUCCGGAGGGAGCUCCAUGAAGUUUGUCACAAGCUGGAGUUGGAGCGGCAGCAGCACAAUCAGCUGAAACACACGUGGCAGCGAGCCAACGACCAGUUCCUGGAGUCCCAGCGACUCCUCAUGAGGGACAUGCAGAGGAUAGAGAGCGUGCUGUCCUCGGAGCAGCUCCGUCAGGUGGAGGAGAUUAAGAAGAAGGACCAGGAGGAGGAUGAGAAAGAGAGACUGAGCCAAGUGAAGGACCUGCAGGAUGAGGACGGAGGAGACAACACCGAGCCUCUGGACGACUCGUUCCUCGGGGUGAGCAUUGAUGAGUCUCAUGCCAAUCACAGUGCCCACGGGUCGAUGCUCUCGUUAGACACUGAUGUGGUGGCGGGAGGCCCGGCGGAUCCCUACAGGGACAACCUGCGCAGAGUGCAGUCCACAGACAGCCUCGGCUCCUCGCUGUCUGCUCAGCAGCUUAGCGGGCACAACCACAAAGCCAAGUCGGCCAGCAACUUGGACGAGUCGGACUUUGGGCCCCUGGUGGGGGCCGACUGCGGCGUAACAGACAGUAGUUUCGGCGACACUUCGUCCAUCAGCUCCAUCAAGCUGACGGCAGGACACUUCCUGCUGACUAAAGAUCAGGAGAAGGCAAUCAAAGCUAUGACGCCUGAGCAGGAGGAAACGGCGUCGCUGCUGUCCAGCAUCUCUCACGCCCCUGACACCGCGUACUUGCCGCCUGCAGGAUACCGACUCGUCAGUGACUCCGAGUGGAACCUGCUGCAGCAGGAGGUGAAGAAUGCGGGCAGGAAGCUCGGCCGACGCUGUGACAUGUGCUCCAACUAUGAGAAGCAGUUGCAGGCCAUCCAGGGGCAGGAGGCCGAGACACGAGACCAGGUGAAGAAGCUGCAGGUCAUGCUCCGACAGGCCAACGAUCAGCUGGAAAGGACCAUGUCGGAAAAACAGAACUUGGAAGACUCGGUCAAAGCAGGAAGUGAGGAAACCGCUGCUGAGGUGUCUGCCCUCAUGCAGAGAGUCCAGGAGUCAGAAACGCUGCUCAGCACACUACAGCAGGCCUUCGGUGACGCGAAGAGGAGCACACAGGAGCAGAUGGUGGUGCUGGUGAAGUCGAGGGAGCAGGUGGCAGACGAACUGAGCCGCCUACAGAGAGACAACGAGAGCCUGCAGGGAAAACACCGGCUGCACGUCGAACUGCAACAACAAGAGGAUUUCCAGAUGCCCUUUACCGUGCAGGAGCUGCAAGGCCUCGUGUCACGGUUGCGCGAGGACCUGGUGGCGCUGCGGACAUCGGCGGAUCACAUGGAGGAGAAACUGAAGGCGGAGAUCCUGUUCCUGAAGGAGCAACUCCAGGCGGAGCAGUGCCUGAAGGAGAACCUGGAGGACACCCUCCAGCUGGAGAUAGAGGGCUGCAAGGAGGAAAUAGCGUCGUUCUCCAGCCUGAAGACGGAGCUGGAUCGGAUAAAAGCGGAGAAGGAACAGUUGCAGAGCAGUUUUGCUGAGAAGACCGCGGCGCUGGCGAGCAUCCAGAGCCAGAGGCUCAGCCUGGAGCAGCACCUCAAGGAGCUCAGCGCUGCAAAGAGUGCACUAGAAAGUCAGGUCCUGGAUGAACGAGACAAAGCCCAGCGGCUGCAAACGGAGCUGGAUGUCAGCGAGCAGGUCCAGAAGGACUUUGUCAAACUUUCUCAGACGCUUCAGGUACAGCUGGAGCGAAUACGACAGGCAGAGUCUUUGGAUCGAAUCAAAGUUAUCCUCAAUGACACCAACUUGACUGACAUCAACCAGCUUCCGGAAACAUGAUACCUCUGAAUGAAGACUGCCUCCAGGUUCAUUCCCCCCUCUCUCCAUCACCGACCCUUCCUCCUCCCAAUGAACACCUCGGACGAGCUCGGAGGGACACGGACAGACGCGGCACAAGGAGGUCGCGGCCUUCUGUGCACACUUAGUCAGAACACGCGUUGGGUAGAACGUUGAAGAAGAACACUACUAAGUGUAAAUAACUAAAUGUCAGACUGAGGACUGGGGGGGGCGAGCCCCUCUCCCGUGGGUCUGUCUGUGUCUGGUUUCUACUGUAGAUAUGACUGUGUGUGUUAACUCAACCAAAAAGGUUUGUCGUCCUCUGAAGCACUUUUCAUCUGCAAGCUCUUCUCUUUCCAGGUGAAUAGAAGUCUCCCUGUUCCCGGCGGUUUAUAAUCGCUUCCUUGCUCCACUUGCUGGUUUUUCCCUGCAGUUUUUUUUUUUUUUUCCCUCCAUCUGUUUAUUUUUUUGUUGACAUUUUCCAACGCCAUUCUGGCGGUUUAACCCCGCGCACCCUACGACAAAGACACAAUGAAGGAUGGAAAUGACUUGCACGUUAUUUAACUGGGAUGAAAAAGGAACACGACGCUAGCAACUUCUUCUUCCAGCCCUUAAACGCCCUCAGCUGCGUUCCUGCUUCGUUGUUUGAAUCCAACGGGUUUUCUUUUUUCUUGUCUGAGCUGCAGAAACAGAAAACACUAGUUAAUCCAGUUCAUUUUGGGUGAAAAAACCUUCAAGGAGGUGGCGUUGGCGUGGAGACGGGUGUAGGAAUGAUGGAUUUUAAUACUCACUUGUUGUUUCUGCUUUUCGUUGCCCUUUUGAAGUUGCUUUGGACUGACAUGCUUAACACAAACCGGAGGAUCCUAGACAAGUAAAUGUAGCUGUGGGCAGCUUUUAGUUCAGAAUAUAAGAGCACAAAAAGGCCUCUUUCUGCCCACGAAAGAAGGUCCAAGUCAUUGCUUAAAAAACAAACACAACUUCUGUUUUCUGUAAGCUGAUUUUCAUUAAACGGCCUCAAACUUUCUGGAGCUCAGUUUCUACUUUUGACAGGUGAAGUCAGGACGAUGAAACGGGUCACCGAGGAGAUGCUGAGUCCGUGCAUCAGGAGAACCAAGCCAUCGCAGCCGGUCUUCCCCCGUUCAGAACCGCCAAAGUCUGUCCCAAACCUCGUCCCCUCGACGUCUUUGUCCCGUCAGACUGCGGCCGUCUUUUUCUAAGUCUUGCAUGAGAUCGUGCACCAGACUGCGUCAACUUGUCCUUCGAGAGAAGACACUUGCACCGUCCCAAACUGAAAGGGUUGAUUUGCUUUCGUGGAUGAGCCACACCGGACCCGGUAUGACCCGUAAACCAGGACUUAGACGCCAACUCGCCUCCGUAAACCCCAAAAGAGGCUCAAACCCUGCGUCGGUGCGUCCCUGCGCGGGCCUUUCCUCUCCUGAGCUCGCUUUGAGACGCUGUGUGAGAAGCGCGUGGUGUGGAGAGUCCCGGAGCCUUUGCCCACACUGAACGUGAACACUUGCUCUUUGUGCGUUUUCUUUAAAACCGUCUGCUUCAUCCUGGCUGCUUGGUCCCCAGAACGGGCUCCACGGGGACUCCUGGUGCACCGGUGUCAGACAAGGCCACACAUUCGCUCUAAUAAACAAAUCAAUGGCUGUUGAUGUUUGUUUUUUAAUGGUCAUGAAUAUUUGGAAAUGCCUACAAGAGUCAGAAUUUACUCACACGAUUAGGAAACAAGGACGAUUUUAAAAAUACUUAAAGAUGAUUUAUUUUCCCACUAACGGUCUAAGGUGUGUAAAGGCCCAGGAUUUUCCAGGACUUCCAUCCUUUUUAACAGCUUUUGACUUGUUCUGCGCCGGUGAAAUGUGCUUUCAUGAAAGCUCCCAUCUCCUGCCGGACUUAAAUAAUUAACCCUUUGGAAUAAACAUAUACAGCUGCAUCGUUUGGUUUAAGGACGUGUGUCACAUUACCUGUUUCAUUUGUGUAUACUGUAGAUAUCCUGAGUUGUAUUUAUGACAGAUUCAUGCAGUUGUGAGACGGCGUGGAUGUGUGAGCUGGACUUUUGAGUUGCACUGACAGACAAAUGAUCUGAUUUACUUUCAGCUUCAUGGGUUUUCAUUUUAUUUGUAACGUCCCUUUGAUUUGACAUCUGUUCUGAAGGAGAAAGACUUUGCUCUUGCCCUCUUGGGCGGUUCUUUCUGGUCGACAAUUUUUAUUUUCACUGAAUAAAUUGUGAUCUAAUGUUGAUGGAUCAUUUGGAAAAUGUACGUUUAAUUCCCAGAAUGGUUGAAGUAGAUGACCGUAAAGCUUAAUCUGCUUCCUGCCGCACAGUUUUUAAGCACCAAGACAAAUUUAUGAGAAACUAGUGAUCUAGAAUCGUUUAAGUCUGAAUAUGGUGUCUGAUUUUUUUGGUUUUAGAAGAAUUAGUCGUGGAAUAAUGUGGGAAUAAUUCACAGCCUGUGAAAAUGAAAAAUGGAAACAAAAAGACAGGAAAAGAUGAGCGUUUUUGCUCUUUGAUCUGAAUUAACCACUAGAAACUGACAGCUGGAGCUCGUAGGAAGAUUUUAUCAUUCCCACAUCACGAAUCAGAGCGUUGGGAUGGGACUAAAACCUUAUCAAAUCUGUUCUGGGGUUUUAAUAAUGUCUGUUUGUUGAGCUGUGAUAUUUUGAAAGGAUAAAAAAAUAAUCUUCUCACCAGUCCAGGUGCGGUUUGACUAAAACUGAACGAGCAGAGCAAACAGGGCGCUUUCUGAGUGAAUCCUGGUGUGUGAACUUUUACAUCCUCUUAUUUCCCUGUUUGACAUGAAUGAUGUUGUCAGGAAUUGUAAUUUUACUCACAUGAAAGAGAGGCAUGCUCGCUGAUGAGUAACAUGACAUGAAACAAUACUGAUUAUAAAGUACUGCCCACUGACUC